AUGUCACCAAAGAGUACAAGAUUCUGUUGUAUGGCAGUAAGCAAAAGCAGAUCACUAAAGCUAGAAUCCAUCGUGGAUUUGUCCUCAGUGUGCGUGGCCCAGUGGAACAGUGAGGCUUCAUCAGACUCUCUGGUCACUCAGGACCUGGUCCUAGGAGAAGGUCAAGCUGUUGAUGUUGGGGACACAGUGGAGGUGGCCUAUUCUGGAUGGCUUUUACACAAACAUUCUCUAGGACAGGUAUUUGAUUCCAAUCUGGGCAAAGAAAAGCUGCAGCGAGUAAAGCUUGGAGCAGACAACGCUCUGACUUCUUACAGGGAUGGGAUGCUUGGUAUGCAGAAAGGAGGUCGACGGCUCCUUAUCGUCCCUCCUAGUAUGGGUUAUGGGUCAAAGGGCAUCCUUAAGAAUGUGCCAGCAAACAGCACUCUGGUCUUUGAUGUUGAGAUUCAUAGAGUUAAAUUCUCCAAAGACAGACAUAGUCGGGGAUCAGUUGACACCUUCAGUACAUCUCCAAACACCUGUUCAGACACUCGGAGAGAAGAGAACACCAGCCAGUUGACUUCAGAUGCUUCCAAAGCCAAACUGAUCUCACGUAUAGCCAAGAUGGGUCAACCUAUGCUUCCCUUUCUCGCUGGGGCCAUUCCAGCUCAGCCUGACCCCAGCGACUCAGAAACAGAGGUUCAUUUAUCUGGGGCAUUGGCUUGUCAGCUGCAGCAGGAUGUGCUGAAUCUCCAGCAGAGGGUGACAGAGAUUCAGGCUGAACUCAGGCAAACACAAUCACUGUGCUCAGAUCAGCCUUCUGGAGGCACAGAACUUGUGAAGCAAGGAGAACAGUCUGAGCAGCGGUGGAGGGCAGAGAAGCAGAAGUGCAAAGAGAUGGAAGCCAUUAUACAAAACAUGGAUGAGGAGAUGCAAGAUCUGAGGGCUGAAAAGGAGAAUCUGGAUCAGGAAGAGGAAGUGGCAGUAAAGUCUAAACCUGAAACUGAGCUGGUGUUUCUGGUGCAGGUGAAACGAGUGAUGAAUGGAGUGUUUCAGUCUCUCAGGACAGAGUUUGACUUGCAGGAAUCUUACAGUGGACACAGUGCUCGAGAUUCUCCAAAACACCAUCAAGAAUAUCACCAGGAAACUUCACUCAGAACCUUGGGAGCUUGA